AUGUCCUAUUAUCGGCAUCAUUACUCCUCCCACUACCAUAUAGCAUAAGGAUGAUAAAGAGGGUGAUAGUGAGGAUUAUAAAAUAAAGAGUUUCUCCUGUCUUCGCCAAUACUUUGUUUUUUUCUUUUGGAACGAUAAGUUGGUCUCAAUGCCUCAGCUUAACAGUUCAGCCUUUGUUGAAGGAUUCAUAGACGGUGAAAAAUCACAGGACCCUAUGGGGAUAGACGAAAUGACCGGUGAGGUUGAGCAACCUAAAGAGCAGACUCUAUCUCAUCUAGAAAAUGGGGGUAAAGUAUGCCAUGAAGAUUUGUUCAAGAAACAGCAUUUGACAGCAACUAUGAAAUUCUUGCUAUUCUUUGUUGCUUUUGGCUCUAUUAUGAUGGGUAUGGACCAAGGAAUUUUAGCCACCAUUGAAGUAUUUGCUAUGCCUGAUUUGAACUUGAAUGACAAUCAAUGGUCAUAUAUUGCUUCAGCAUUUUCACUUGCUACUGCCGUUGGAACAGUGUUUGCAAUUCCAAUUGGUGAGUAUCUUGGCAGAAAAAGAGCCCUGCAAAUAUCAGCAGCAAUUUGUUUUGGAGGCUCUGUUAUGCAAACUGCCGCCAAAAACUUUUCUGUACUUUUAGGAGGAAGAUAUUUGUUAGGAAUUGGAAUGGGAUUAGAAGCUAUGAACAUUCCAAUAUAUGUUGCUGAAUGUGCACCUGCCCAUGGAAGAGGCGGACAUCUAAGUAUUUUUAACUGGUUUCAAAUGGCUGGUUCACCAACAGCCUAUGUGGUAGCUAGCAUUUUUAUUCAAGUAAAACCUAUUUGGAAGUGGAGAUUUAUGGCAGGCGCUGAGUUCUUGGCUGGUUUGAUCCAAUUUUGUGGUCUUCUAAUUCUUCCUGAGAGUCCUAGAUGGCUCAUUAUGUGGAAGAAAGAAAAACAGCUCGUUUCCUCUUGGAGUAGACUGAGAUUCGACAAUGCCAUUUCUCGCUUUGAAUUGGAGAAGAUGAGAGAUGACGUCGAGGAUGAUUUGAAAAAUCGAACUACUUACUCAGAUGCUAUAAAGCUAAUAUUUACAAAUAGACGAGUUCGAACUCCUUUCUAUAUCGGUGCUGUAUUAGGGAUGUCCUCGCAAUUUUCUGGAGCUACUGCCAUUGGCUAUUAUAUGAUUACUAUUCUUGAAAAAUUAGGACUUACAGUUACAACAUCUGUUUACGCAUUACUUCCCAUUAACUUUUGGUCUACAUGUUGGGCAGGACUUCCAUUUUUUUUAUUAGAUAGAGUCGGAAGGAGACCUCUUCUUAUGUAUACAUUUCCUCCUCAAAUUAUUGCUAUCAUUUUAUCCUUAACAUCUUUUUACGUGCCAUUAUCGAAAUUAAGUGAAAGGGCUGAACUUUACCUAAUUGGAUUACUUCUCUAUGGGGCGUUUAAUAAUAUUGGAAUUUCAGCAAUUCAAUGGGUAAUGGCAGGAGAACUGUAUGAAACCGAAGUUAGGAGCAUCGGAGCAGCUUGGUCUGCAUUUUGGAUAUUUGCAAGUGCCUUUGUGACUACAUUCACAUUCAGCAGGCAAGUAGAUGCUAUUGGAGUAAAGGGAGUCUAUGGACUUUACACUGGCUUUACUGCAUUCUUUAUGGUCGUCCUAUUUUUCAUCUUUCCGGAGACAAAAGGACGAACUCUUGAAGAAGUAAAGGAAGUUAUGAAUUCUGGUAUUCAAGGCAUAAUGGAAAGAAAUGUUGCUAAAGGAAUACAGGUGAUAAGAAACGUAAUGACUAGACUGAAAUCGAAAAAUGAUGAAUAUCACACCUAUGUUGUGGAGCAAUGAUGAAUCCCUAAUCUCUAUGAAAGUUAUAUGAUCUCGUUGAAAGUAUUUGAAUUUGAUGAUAAGAUUUGUUUGUUUUCUUACAGUCCGAUAUAUAAAGAAUGGUCUUGCAUU